AUGUCGAUGGGCCAUCGGCUGCGGGAUUUUUCUCCCUGCGAGCUGUUUGCUCGCAUCCGUGGCCGCACGCUGUGGCUGAUGGGAGACAGCCAGGCAUACAACCUGUACUACGCGCUGGAGUGCUUCCUCCGCGAGUUUGCGCCCUCCCUGCGCCGCACGCCACCCAUCCCAGAGGCCGACAACCAGAAGCUCGUCACGGUGCACACCCCGCGGCCCUACGCGCCAGUGUGCCUGGAGCUGGCGGCGGCGACGCGCGUGUGCACUGUGCGGGUGGAUGUGGUCGAGCAUGUGCGGGAGCUGCUGUUCCCUGCGUUCCGGAAGCACUUGCCCCACUUCAAGCGCGACCUGGUAGUGUUCAACUUUGGGCUGCACUACCCCUGGCCGGGCGCGGGUGGGGAGGCCUUUGAUGCCAGCCCAUUGUAUCAAGCCCUGGUCGCGCACGCGCUGUGGUGGGAUGAGCAGCGGGCGGAGCUGCCGCCCAUGAUUUGGAUGGACACCCCGGUACAGCACUUCAAGUCGCCGUCGGGGGUGCGCCCCCCAAACAACACCGUUCCCUACAACUGCACCAUGCUGGAUGCCUGGCUCCGGAAGGAGCCGCUUGCAAUGGCAGGUGGCCCAUACAACGCCCCGCUGGCUGGCCUCAUACACUACAUCGCGGACGCUCACUUGCAGACCUGGGCAGCCACGGCGCCCAUGUGGGGCACCCACCUGCCGGGCGAGUGCAGCCACUGGUGCCACCCCUCCGCCUACAGGCUCUGGAUGCACCUGCUCAACAACAUGCUGCACGAAUCGCGGCUGGGAAACGCGGUGCGCCCGGCACUAGGCAAAGGGUGA